AUGGACACUUCCGCAGAUCAAGUACCAUGUCACGGUGGCUCCAUUCCCGAUGUUACAGCCAUCGGCCCCAAGCAGGAAAGCAUCGCCUCAUGGCGCGGCCGCUAUGGAAUCAGCACGCGGGACCAGAUCCGUCUAGUAAAGUUAGCACAUAUGCGGUACCAGCACCCGAAUCUAGACGAGAUCACCGUUUACCUUCAAGACUUUGGAAUGCAGAUAGCCAAACGAACUGCAGAUGAGAUAUGGUAUCGCGGGUAUGGGACAGAUCAGUACGUUUAUUAUGCUCGACAGGGCGAGAAGAAAUUCCUCGGUGGUACAUUCGAGGUUGAAACAUACGACGACUUGCGCAGGGCGUCACAACUGCCCACUGCUGGCGAGAUUCAGGAAAUUGCAGAUGCUCCCGGGGGAGGCUUCUUACUCACUCUUACGGAUCCCGAAGGGUUCCCCUUGAACCUCAUCUACGGGCAGACUGCAGCGGAACGUGGGAAGCACCCGUCUCCUCUGCUCGUCAACUAUGAACUGGAGAAACCACGGGUUCGUAAAUUCCAACGGUUUGUCCCCGGACCAGCAGCAGUCCACAAGCUAGGGCACUUUGGGCUCUGUGUUCAGAAGUUCCCCACCAUGGUGGACUUCUACACGAAGAAUUUCAACAUCGUGCCGUCCGACUUCCUCACUGUGGAACAAGACGGGAAAGAAGUUAACGUCGCCCUCUUUGCACAUAUUGAUCGUGGAACAGAUCUGGUCGACCAUCAUUGCUUUUUCAUGAGCACUAAUUCGACCUCCCAUGUACACCACUGCUCAUUCGAGGUGCACGACUUUGACACCCAGAAGCUAGGCCACCAGUGGCUGGCGAAACGGGGGUACCAGAGUGUAUGGGGCGUUGGACGGCAUAUCCUAGGGUCCCAAAUAUUCGAUUACUGGUGGGACACCACCGGGAACAUGGUCGAGCAUUAUGCGGACGGGGAUCUGGUGAAUGAAGAAACACCGAUAGGCUAUGGCCCAGCAGGAGAUGAGGGUCUGGCAGUCUGGGGACCAGAAGUGCCGGCUUGGUUUUUGCAGUGA